AUGUUUCCUAAACAUAAUAAUUUAGGCAAAAACCUUUUGCUUUCUUAUUGUUUUAUUUACUUAUUAUGUAAUUUUGCUGUUUAUGGGUAUAAUGUUAUUUAUUCGAGCAAAAAAAAUGAUCUGCAAUAUAAAAACUUUGACGUAAAUUCAAGUUAUGAAGGAGCACUUGUAAUAAAGAUAUUUGAUGAUUAUAACAACAAUAGUUACAAAGCAAUUCAUACACUUUUACCAAAUGGAUCUACCACAUAUAUAGACCUUGAUUUUGCGGAUAAAAAUAUCACUAUUAAUCGUAUAUUCCCUUUAACUAUGAGCCUUUAUUUUCUACUUUAUGAUGAUAUUGUUAACAACAACAAGCAGGUCACUGGAAUGUUAAUAGAUUGGAAUAAUUAUAUUAUAAAAGAUAAUCUUUUUAUAACAAAUGGAUCCAUUACUAAUCAUCCAAGCUUAGAUCUUAUUUUAGGCACACGGUUAUCUUCAUUUUUAAUCUAUAAUCAAAUUGAAAAUUACAUUAAUUGGAUUUUAUAUAAUUUACAACAAGGUGAUAUUAAUUUUGUUGCUACAAAUUCCUUUCAACUUUCGAUCAAUUCGACUCUUCAGUCUGUUUUUUCAAUGGUUGAUGGAAAUUUCGGUUUUGUUACAACAGAAGUAUCAUCUUAUUAUUAUAGCACGUUAAAUACAACUAUAUCAACAAUCUAUUUACAUUAUAGUUUUUUAUCACUCUCAACUUUCAGUAUUUCUGAAAAUUUUUUGCUUUAUUCAGCAAAAAAUGUUAGCAAUUUAGCAUUUAUUUCUUGUUCAUCAAGUUACAGUGAAGAUGGAAAUACAUGCAUGAUGACAUUAGACGAAAAUUUUACGAAACAAAUUAUUACAACAUAUCAAAUUGAUUUCUUGUCAUCUGGUUCUGUCACAGAAUUAAAUAUACGAUAUAUGAACAUUAAUUUAGAAUCAUAUUAUAUUUUACCUUUAUUUUAUGGUGGAUCAAUUAUAACUAGUUGGUCUACUAUAGAAGAUUCAAAUACAUCAAAUGUUAAAGGUCCCACAGCUAUAGGUAAUGAAUUUAUAGGAAAUAAAGAUUCUAACGCUGGACUUACUUAUACUAUUCCUUCUGGUAACGGUCUUUCUAAUUUAAGUGGGCAUAUUAUUCCACUUACACGUAAUAGUAAUGAAUAUGAAUGGGAUUUAAAUCCGAUCCCAACAUUUUCAAGAGCUAUGUUUGACAUAAUGAAGAAUAAUACUUAUAUAUUGUAUGUAGUAUAUAAUGAUAGUAGUUGGGACAUUUUCAGCACGAAUGUGGAAAAAUUCAGAAAUGACUUUGGUUAUGAAAAUCCAAAUGUUAUUUCAACUUAUCCAAAAAUUAAUGAUACUAUCUCACCACGUAUAAGUUCUAUAAGUCUAACAUUUUCAAGUCAGAUCUCUAGAUCAUCGAAUAGACUCUCUAUUUAUCAAAUUAAUACAACUACUAACCAAUACCAGUUUAGACAAUAUUAUUCUGGAAAUUCGGAAAAUUGCUCAGUUUUAAAUAAUACAAUUUCAUGUAAUAUUUCACAAAGUAUUAUUAAUCAAUGGAAUUCUUCUUAUGCAAUUGUGGUGGACAAUAAUUUUGUAAAAUUUGCCUCAUCGGAUGAACCUAUUUAUGGUAUUACAGAAAAUAUAUGGACAUUUAAUACUAUUUCUCAAACAAAUCCAGAGACAUAUUCAGGUUCAGCUACAGUUAUUGUACGAUUAACCCAUGAAGGAACUGGAGUGUAUGAAUCUCUUUCCGAUUCCGAAAAAUACAAAUUUUUAAAUAGUUUAUUUGAUGAACUUAUUGAAAGUAUUCCUACUACUCCUGGAAGAUUAUUAUUAACAAAUCGAAUACAAUUUGAUCCAUCAACAUCUCCUGCAAAAUAUUUAUUGCAAAUAAGAAUUCUGGGAUCAUCUGAUCUUUAUCAAGCAUCCGUACCUCAUAUAAUCAAUGAUAUGGAAUCAUUGAUAAUAAAUAAAGAUACCUCAAUAAUGUCAAUUAACAAUCAUACAAAGUAUUUAGAUUCUUCAUAUGGAGUCAAAAUAAAUAUAAAUUUCUGGGAUGAAAUAAAAUACAAAUUACUUGAAAUAUCAAUUGGAUGUAUUAUUUUAAGUUUGAUUGCUCUAUGGGCCCGUUAUACAAAUCCAAAGGGACAAAGUUUUAUGAUAUUUACCGUGGCAUUUAUGUUAUUUGAUUCAGUCAUGGAUGUUUUAUUUAUUGUCGAAAAUGGAAAAGACGUCCCUUCUAUUGUUAUAUUAUGUUUUGCAGUACUAACAAAUUUAUCUGCUGCAAUUCUAUUCAUAAGCUAUGAAUUAAAAUAUAAUAAAUUAUUUGCUAAAUGGAUUUAUAAGUAUAUAAAUAUUGUUCCAAUAUUUGUUAUACUUUCAGGAUCGAAUGUAACGAUAUUGGAAUUUUUAACUUCAAAUUUUGGUGGAUUUGAAUUUUUUAAUGCUCCAUUUUUGAAUUGUACUAGAAAUUGGAUCUUUUGGGGUUCUAUUACUAAAACUAUUAUAGAGAAUAUUCCUCAAUUUAUUAUACAGAUUUUAUACUUUCAAAAUACGGUUAAAUAUGAAGCUAUUCCAUUUUUAACAUUAGUAACCGGAUCUAUUGUUUUGUUAAAUGAUCUUAUUUUAAAAUUAUUUAAAAUUAUUAAUAAUAGAUAUUAUUUACUUGAUGAUGUUGAUAUAACGGUUGAUCUAACGGUUGAUGUAACGGUUGAUAUAACGGUUGAUCUAACGGUUGAUCUAACGGUUGAUAUAACAGUUGAUAUAAUGGUUGAUCUAACGGUUGAAAUAACG